CGGAAUCUUAUGCAGAAAUGACAAUGGCCGACUGCGGCCAGUAAAAAGUUGUGGUUGUUCCGUUAUCAUACACUCCGACACAAGCUUACAAAUUGCUUAAAUAUACAAAAUUACUAAAUAAUUGAAGUAAUAAGAAAUAAUGCGUCAUAUAAGUCUGAACUGAGUUUCUCGUUGGUGUUCAAUAACCAAUGGCUAAUAGGAAUACAAAAUGCCGCAAUGACUAUUUAUGAAGUUUUGACACGUUUACAAACUUAAGAGUAUUGAGUAUUCAAACGUACUUCAAGAGUGGAAACUCAUUGAUAUUACAGAUUCAGAACGAGCUAUCUGUUCUUAGAUAACGUGAGAUCAUUGUUCAAGCAAUAUGACGAAUUGCUGCAUUUGGAAUAACACGAAGAACUUUUUUUUUCUAUCGUUUAUAUAUUUUUAGUGCUGUAUGAGCCUAUUAAAAUGUGUGUUCAUGAAUAUCAUUAAGUUAGCCAGUGACAAGUGAUUAUAUGAGUAAUUCGCUAAAUAAAAAUUUAAUUUUAUUUAUGUAAUACAAAUUAAAUGCUUAUCAAUCAUGAAGAAACAAUUCUUUAGAGUCAAACAGCUCGCUGAUCAAACCUUUUCCAGAGCUGGUAAAACAGAAGUCCUCACAGACGAUUUACAAGCUGCAGACAAACAUGUAGAACAAAUUAGAAUAGCCCUGAUUGGAUUAAACAAAAGAUUUGGUAACAUACCGAAUCAAACAAUAACUCAAGAUUCUACAGUUAAAGAAAAGCGACUGAAAAAAUGUCCGGAAUACAUAUUAGGACAAACAAUGUUGGAAAAUGCUCCAGAAGAUGGUCUCAUGAGUUUCACACUUCAGGAGUGUGGCCGUGCUCAGACAUGUUUAGCAAAUGAAAUAAUUGAACAUGAAGCAAAAGUUGAACAGUAUGUUGCAAUACCUCUGCAACAUAUCUUAGACACAGCUGUACCAAAUAUAUUAAAACAUAAGAAAAAUUUAGCUCGAUUAAUCUUAGACAUGGACAGUAUGAGAACCAGAUACCAACAGGCCAGCAAACAUAGUGCCAGUACUGGCGCGACAAAAAUAGAUAGUCUAAGAGAAGAAUUGGAGGGAGCUGAAGCUAAGGUUGAACAAUGCAGGGAUCAUUUGGCUGCUGAAAUGUUUAAGCUCAUGUCGCGAGAAACCGAAUUAGCAAAUACUAUCAUUCAGUAUGUGAAACUUCAAAGAGCUUAUCAUGAAAGUGCACUGCAUUGUCUUGAGGAGCUUAUUCCUGGGUUAGAAAGUUACAUUAAUGAUAAUGAAAUGAAACCAGUUUAUGGUUACCCACUUGAAGAACACCUCAGAGUAACUAAUAGAAAAAUAGCGCUACCUAUUCAAUUAUGCGUGUCUGCAUUAUUGCGAUUAGGUAUGGAGGAAGAGGGUCUUUUUAGAAUAGCUGGUGCUUCAUCAAAAUCGCGACGUAUUAAGUUAAGUCUGGAUGCCUGUUGUCUUACGCUACCAACUGCAUUGGAGUAUAAGGAUCCUCAUGUGAUUGCUGGUGCACUAAAAUCUUACCUACGAGAACUUCCUGAACCCCUUUUAACUCACAAGUUAUAUUCUGAAUGGAUGGCAGCUGCAAAAAUAACAAAUAAUGAAGCAAGAUUGAGAGCUCUCUGGGAUGUAUUGCAUAAAUUACCCCCAGCAAAUCUAGAAAAUUUAAGGUUCCUAAUAAAAUUUUUGGCUGUACUUACUAAAAACCAAGAUGUAAACAAAAUGUCCCCACAAAAUAUUGCGAUUGUUAUUGCACCUAAUUUAAUUUGGAGCCCGCAGGAGGAUGUGAAUACAAUGGUAAUGAAUAUGAGUACAGCUAAUAAUUCUAGUCUUAUAGUUGAUCAAUUGAUUACAUAUGCGGAUUGGUUUUUUCCUGGGGAAGUUGAUUUUGACCGAGACUUGGAACUUGGUAUUAUGAAUGGUUCAGAAAAUCAAACCACAAAUAUGCGUCGUUGCAUUUCUAAUAGUAGUCUUAGCGAUCAUGGCGAAAGCCCUCCUCAGGGUAGUCCCAAGCCAGCAGUUCGUAGAAAAAAUAAACCAGCUCCAACUCCACCGAAUAACACCACACCAGAUAAGCAUGAUAAAAAACCUGAUGACAAACCACCACCUACACCUGAUAAACCACCCAGACCUUUAACGUGUAAGGUCCAAAAACCAGAACCAUUAAUCAUAGAAAAUAAUGCAGAGAAACAAGAUGGAAAUCCAGAAACUGAAACCAAACAGCAAAAUAUUGAAAUGAAUGCUAUGGAUUCUCCAUUACUUACUUGCUCAGAACAUAUUAAUGAAAUACAAAAUGAAAUACGUUCUGUGGAUACAGAAACAGAGAAAAAUAAUCAAGAAACCGAAAAGUUAAGUACCGCAGACAGUGCACCAAGUAACAAAUCAUUUGUGGAAGUUGAGAAUUUAGAAACUUCUACACAUGGAAUAAAAAUACCACCAGAAAAACCUCAUCCUUCUACUUUGGAAAGACGAAGGCCAGUGGCUGCGCCAAGGAGUAUAAACAACAUAGUACAUAACACAGAAAUAAUAGAGUUGCGUAAAAAGCCAGAGAGUAAUUCCAUGUCUGGGAGCGCACCAGACAGAAGCAGUAAACCAGCAAUUCCAGAACGACCCGUUGGAUUAAUCCGUCCAUCGAGUCUAAUCAAACCACCACGUCACAGUAACGAAAACUUAGACACUGAAACAGGGCCUUUAACUUUGGAAAGAGCUCAUGUGUAUUCAGUGGACAAACAACAGGUCAGUAUAAUACAAGUGCGUGGAAAUGGCAAUGUGUUCUGCACAACGGGGAACAACAAUGGCAACGCGGCUUCGAACUUACAGAGAAGCCCCAGUGUAGGUAGCCGACCUUCCUCAAUGUCCUUGUACGGCGAACGACCAGAGAAGCCAGCGAAGUUGAACGCUCCGGAACAAACGAAAGCUCACGUGCGUACCAGAUCGGAAGGGAAUAUUAUUGAUGUACCAACACAGACUGAGACGGUGGUAGUUCUUAAGUCACCGCAACAACCAGUUCCAGCUUCUCCGAGAUUUCAUCAAAGGCCUCCGCGGCCGCAACCUCCGCCGCCACCUCCACCCACCACGCGAGUUAAAUCAGAACAAGAAAGUACUAAUCUUUAGGACUGAUCGUACGAUAAGUAAUUAUUAUGUUUAUAAGAGAUAUCUUCAAAGAUAAUGAAAACUAUAUUUCUUACAAGACAAUACGAAAUUGAAAAAUUAUUGUAUAAAAUUUCUGAUAGCAUAAGUGUUUUUAUUUCAAUGCUAAAUGAAUCGUUUAAAGGUUGCAUCUUGAAUUGAUAAGGAAAGUUUGGAUUAAGUUUUCGAAAAUUUUAAAUUGUGUAAAUUUUAGAUUAAGAAACGAAUUUACAAUUUUCAUUUUAAAAACUCUAACCCUUUCUAGUUAUACAUUUCAGAAGUUGUAUCUAAUUUUGAUAUUUAACUUUAUAGUAUAAACAGUUAUUUUAAUACAAGGACUAAAAGAGGUAUAUUUGCCUUUUUACAUGAAGUUAUUUGUUAAUGUUUAAAUUACAAUUUAGUGAACUCAUUUUAUAUUAAAUUACUUAAAAACCAUUAUAAGUAACAAAGCUAUAUUUUAUUUGGGUUAAAUAAUUGUCAGUAUUCCAAAAUUGCGUUUAGUAUACUACUUACCAUCUAAAUAAUAUUAUUCCUUUCUCUAAAAGCUUAACAAUUUUUCUCAAGGCUUAUCAAGUUUUUUUAUAUUUCAAGUUUAGAUGGUAAGUAAUACGCUACAAAUAAACUAUUAAACACACUGAGACGUUUGUACAGAAGAAAAAAAUCCGUAUUUUUGUUUUUAUUUUUAUUAUGUACAGAUACAUAAUACUAUACUAUACUAUACAUAACCGGACAGUCUAAAUAAAUUAUAUUACUUAAGGGAAAUGAUGGAAUCGUCCUACAUAGAUACUUGUAAUUGAUUGCUUGAUGAUCUAAAUUUGAUUGCCUAUUUAUUUAAUGAAUAUAAUUGCAAAGAAAAGACUUUUCAUUGCUGCUUACACAUGCAGCUAUGUUGUAAGUAUAUUUUUAUAAAAAAUAGUUAUUAAACUACAUAAUAGGAUUUUUAAUCACUGAGAAAUUCGAGAAGCACAACUUUUUAUGUUUUCCUCAGUGUCUAAUUAGUUGCAAAUUUUUUGCAUUUAUGUCGACGCUUUUAGUUCUUUCUUAAUUACUAUUUUAAAUUUAAACAUUUUCUCGCGCUUGUGCGGAUUUGAAUAUAAUACUUUUUAUCAUCAAGCAUUUAAACUAGUUAACUAAAAAAACAAUUUAAAAAAAUUUCCUUUAUUGUAGUAUGGUUUACUUGAGUUAUCUGUACAUUUAUACAUUAUUUCUUUAGUAAUUUAUGUGCAAUUGAUUAUGACUACACAUUAAUUAUAAGAAAAUGAAAAAUGUAAAAAAUAUUUAUUCUUGCUAAAAAAAAGAAUAAUUGGAAAUUGUAACAAGUACUUCUUGUUACUAUUAAGAAAAUGAAAAACUUUUUAUGUUUUAUAUUUAAACAUAUUUUCUGGUUGUUAAAAAAGAAACGUAUUAUUUAUGUUUUGCAAUAAGUAUCGUAUUGUUAUGUAAGAUUAAAAAAGUGACUUUUUUUGAUAAAUCGUGCAUUUACCUAAGGAGUGCUUAGGCUGUGAAUGUAAUGAAAACUGUUAGAGGAUUUACUUGUAUAUAAAUAAACAUUUGUAAAGUAA